AUAUUUUCAAUUAGUAUCAUAAUAUUUAUUUUAAUUAUUAUUACAAGAGUUGUAAUAGCAUUAGCUUCUAUUUUAUCAAAAAAAUCUUUAACAGACCGAGAAAAAUGUUCUCCAUUUGAAUGCGGUUUUGAUCCAAAAUCCUCUUCACGUUUACCAUUUUCACUACGAUUUUUUUUAAUUACAAUUAUUUUUUUAAUUUUUGAUGUAGAAAUUGCUUUAAUUUUACCAAUAAUUUUAAUUAUUUCAAUUUCUAAUAUUUUUAUGUGAACAAUUACUUCAAUUGUUUUUAUUAUUAUUUUAAUUAUUGGACUAUACCAUGAAUGAAAUCAAGGAAUAUUAAAUUGAUCAAAUUAA